AUGGAAUCAAAUACACACCUGAACUUAAUUUUACUGGGGAAGAAACGAGCUGGGAAGAGUGCAUCAGGAAACACAAUACUGGGACAAGAAGUUUUCAUGUCAAAGAAAAGCUCCAAAUCAGUCACUCGAGAUGCAGUUGUGAAAUCUGGGACUGUAAAUGGGUUUCCAGUCACUGUUUACGACACACCUGGAUUCUUUGACCCAGCGAUGAGUACAGAAGACAUUCAGAAGAUACUGGAUAAGGUUCUCCUGAAAUGUGAAUCUGGUCCCUGUGCAUUUUUGCUGGUUAUCAAAGCUGAUAGUUUCACUGAAGAAGAGAUAAAAACUGUGGAGAAGAUUGAGAAGCUGCUGGGGGAAAAACGCUUUAAAAAAACCUGGAUUCUGUUCACCAGAGGAGACGAACUAAAAGAUGAAAACAAGACCAUAAAUGAAUUCAUCAACGAGACUGAAGAACUGAAGAAACUCGUUCAGAAAUAUGAUCAGAGAUACCAUGUGUUCAACAACAAGAUAAGAGGACAUAGUGACCAACCUCGAUUACUGCUGGUAAAAAUUCUCCAGAGAUCUUUUGGAGUAAAGGAUGGAGGAGAAGUCGAACAGAUUCAUGUCAGUCCAAACACUCGUAAUGAACCAGACACUCCUGUCUCAAGUCAUUCAUCCAGAAGGAUUGUUCUUCUGGGUAAAACUGGAGUUGGGAAAAGUGCAGCUGGAAACACAAUACUAGGACAGAAGGAGUUCAGAUCUGUGCUGAAAAUGAAUUCAGUAACCCGUGGAUGUUCAGAGAAACAUGCCACUGUUUCAGGAAGAUCCGUGUCUGUAGUUGAUACUCCUGGAUUCUUUGAUACAGAGAUGAGCCCUGAAGAGUUAAUGACAGAAAUAGCACAAAGUUUUUAUUUAUCCAGUCCUGGACCUCAUGCUUUUAUCAUUGUGUUCAGAGUUAUUGACAGAUUCACUGAACAGGAGCAACAAAUUCCUCAGCAGAUUGAGAUAAUGUUUGGUCAGGACAUGUUAAAAUACUCCAUCAUUCUCUUCACUCAUGGAGAUCUGCUGAAAGGACAACAUAUAGAGAACCUCACUGAUGAGAACUGUGCUUUUAGACAUCUACUUGAACAGUGUGGAGGCAGAUAUCACGUCUUCAACAAUGAAUAUCAGAAUAACAGUAAGCAGGUGAAUGAACUACUACAGAAGAUUGACUCAAUGAUAGAGCAGAACGGAGGAGAACACUACAGUAAUCAGAUGUUUGAAGAUGCUCAGAGAUACAGACAAGAGGAAGAAGAGAGGAAGCUGAGAGAGGAAGAGGAGAGAAAACAACAAGAGGCGGAGCAAAGACAAGAUGAGACUGGGGGGAUGGUAAAAGAGGAAGUAGAAAGAAAAAUGAGGAUUGUUCUGCUGGGGAAGAGUGUGUCAGAUAACAGUCGAGUGGGAAACUUCAUAUUAGGACGAGCAGCAUUUGACAGUGAAGCUCCUCCAGAUGUUGUGGAGAGAGUCGGAGGAAGAUUGAAGGACAGACAUGUGAUCAUCAUCAACAGUCCUCAGCUGCUCCAGACACAUUUGUCACUCCAUCAGAUCACACAGACAGUGAGAGAGUGUGUGUAUCUGUCUGAACCAGGACCUCAUGCAUUCAUUCUUGUACUACAGUGUGAAGACAUCAUUGAGAAGGACAUCAGAAGAGUGAAUUAUGUCAUGAAAGAAUUCAGUGAAGAGGCGAUGAGACGCACUAUAGUGAUCACGACUGAUAAAGACACUGAUAAAAGGGCCUCUGUGAGAGCAAAUGAAUUAACUGAACAGUUAACUGCAGGGUCUGGAGGAGGACAUCUUAAGUUUGAUAAUGAAAAGGAGAUAUUUCGCUCUGGAAUAUCCCAAUGUUUAGAGAAGAUACUUAGAGAAAACCGUGAAGAAUUUCUCAUCUGUGAGCUGUAUGAUAAUGCUGAAGAAACAUCAGUAGUUGAAGAGCAGAGCAGUUCUGUAGGUUCAGUCAGAACUAAGGAGCAAAAGGAAGGUUCUUAUAAACAUGAUGAUGGAAAACGCAAAGACAAUAAUACAGCGAUAAAGGAAGCAAAAGGUGGUGCAAGUGUCACUAGACAACAGAAACUGAACUUAGUGCUAUGGGGAAGUGAUGAUUCACUGAAGACCUCCGUAUCCAAGCUUAUAAGAGGGAUUAAGAAACAUGAGAGAGAGAGAAGAUCAGAGUGUGUGAGGAGAGACGUGGAGCUUCAUGGACGUCUGGUCAGUCUGCUGGAGCUUCCAGCUCUGUGCAACACUCGGCACUCAGAAGAGGAAGUGAUGCGUCAGACUCUCCGCUGUGUGUCUCUCUGUCAUCCUGGAGUUCAUGCUUUCCUCCUUAUUAUUCCUGAUGCUCCAUUGACCAGUGAAGACAAAGCAGAAAUGGAGGAGAUCCAGAGGAUAUUCAGCUCAAGAAUCAAAAAACACAUCAUGGUCCUCAGAAUCAAAGAGAAAAACGUGAUUAGUAAACUAAUUGGUAAAAUCGGUCUGUUUCAUUCUUCGGCUACUGAGUCAUCUCUUCAGUCAUUUGAAGGUCACCAGUUUGUUCUGGAGAACAGCUCACAGGUUCCUACUCUACUGCAAGAUGUAGAGAACAUGGUACAAGAGAAUCGAGGAAGAUGCUACACGACCUACAUGUGCUUUCAGGCUCAAGUAGAACUGGAGAGAAGUAAAUGCACAUCUCAAAUAGAGGAAGUGAGAAGAUCUGUGAUGAAAACAGCAGGUGUUACACGCAUUGAUGAUGAUGAUGAUGAUGAUUUGAGGAUUGUGCUGCUGGGAAAGACAGGAGUUGGAAAGAGUGCAACAGCAAACACUAUACUGUCAAGAAACGCUUUUGUUUCUAAAUUAACUUCACGGUCAGUGACCAGAGAAUGUCAGAAAGAAACCUCUGAGUUCGACAGCAGAGAGAUAACUGUGAUCGACACUCCAGGCCUGUUUGAUACUGGAGUUGAUAAUGUUGAGACCAGGAAGGAGAUUGUGAAGUGCAUCUCAAUGGCGGCUCCAGGUCCACAUGUGUUUCUGCUGGUGAUUCAACUGGGACGAUUCACUCAAGAGGAGAAAGAUGCAGUGAAGCUGAUCCAGGAGACUUUUGGAGAGAAAUCCAGAAUGUACACCAUGGUGCUUUUCACCAGAGGAGAUGAUCUUAGAGGAGCAAGAAUUGAAGAUUUUGUUGAAGAUGAUGAUAGCUUGAAGAACCUCAUACAGCAGUUUGGAAAGAGAUACCAUGUGUUCAGUAACACUGAGACUAAAGAUCAGACGCAGGUUUCUGAGCUGCUGGAGAAGAUUGACUGUAUGCUGGCAGCUAAUGGAGGGAGUUUCUACACCAUUGAGAUGUUCCAGCAGGUGGAGAAGAACAUCAGAGAGGAACAAGACAGAAUCAUGAAAGAGAAAGAAGAAGAGAUCAAGAGAACAGAAGAGGAGCUGAGAGCCAAAUAUGAAGCAGAAAUUGAAGAAAUUAAGAAAGAAAAGGAGAGAGAACGACAAGAGAUGCAGAAUGAACUGAGAAAAAGAGGAGAGGAAUUUAAAAAGAGAGAGGAAGAGAUCAAGAAAGAAACAAAUGAGAAUCUGAGAAAAGAGCUACAGAGAAAACUGAAAGAGAAGCAGAAGGAAUUUGAAGAGGGGAAUAAAAUCAAAGAAAAGGCUUCAGAAGAACAACAACAGAACAUCGUAAAAUACCUGGAAGAAAAACAUGAGAAAGAAAAACAAAAGCUCCAGAAGAGAACUGAAAGAAAAACAAGAAAACAAGCAGAAUGUGAAUAUCGCGAAAAACUUGAGAAAGAAGUGGCCAAAGCUUUAGAAGAAGCUGAAGAAAAGCUCCCGAUCUCUGCAAAGCGAGCUCGUGACUGGAGUCAGUGUAUUCCUGGUAUUGGAGGAGCUGCUGGAGGUUUAGUUGGUUCUCUUGAAGAAUUUGUGCGUUGGAUCACUCAGUGUCGAGCUCACUUUAGAUAAAUUGGGACAUACUGUAUCACCUGAAGCACAUAUUACGAUAUAUAUGUAUAUGCAUUGCCUAAUUUUCAAAACCCUUUUGUGUGUGUGAGUGCUGUGAUAGUUUUGUUGAUGUUUGUCUCCAAAGAAUGAAGGAAAACAAUGAUUAUUUUGCUAUGUUUUUACUUGCUUGCAGUUUAUUUAUUUAUUAAUCAUAGUUGAUUGUAGCCGUAACUUUAUAUCCAGAGAUGGGUACCAGCCCAA